GUCUAAUUUGUCAGUUGUGACCCAAAGACGCCCCUCUCACUCACUGUAUCAGCUCGGCGAGCUCAGAGCUCAAAUGAUUUAUUCCAAAAAAUUGCUUGCCAAAUGCGACCACUUAGUUGAACUCUUCAAAUAUUUUCCAUGUCUGGAAGAGACCCCAUAUCUCCCUGAAACAGAAACCAAACGAUUUGCCCACUUGAAUGCAGACCCAGCUCUCAUUUCUCUAUUUUUAUUUAUAUAAAGCGAUUUGUCAGAACCCAAAACCCAAAGUCGAAGUAGAACCACAACUUUGUUGUUUCUUUGUUAAGUGUUGGUGGGUUUGUGUCCUUUCUGAAGUUGAAUGAGAAUGUCGAGUAGAAGAAGAUUACAGAUGGCUAUGUGGACAGAGGGGCGUAGGAGGAGCCCAAGAAUAUCUGCGUUGGAGUUGAAUGCGGGUUCCAAUGCGCAGCAAUUCAGGCUGCGUAAUAGUACAAGUCAUGGGACAUCCUUCAGUACAAGGGCUAGGAAGAAAAGAAAACUCACACAACUCCAGUAUGUCUCAGCUCACCAGGAUCCUAAGUCCUCAGAUGAGCAGGACAGUGAACAACUUGGUCAUGAAGAUUAUGAUGGUGAUAGCGAUCUGCCUGUUGUACAGGAUGAGGAUAAUCAAAAGUGUCAAAAUGAAGCUUCAAAUCCCGAACAAACAGCAGGCAUGCCAUCAGAAUUAUGGUUGCCAGAAAAACGCAUUCUUGAGCUUAUCCUUGACACAUUGCAAAGGAGAGACACCCACGAAAUAUUUGCUGAACCAGUUGACCCGGACAAGGUUGAGGAUUAUUAUGACAUCAUCGAAGAACCUAUGGAUUUUGGCACCAUGAGGGCUAAGCUUCAUGAAGGAAUGUAUAGUAACCUUGCACAGUUUGAGCAUGAUGUAUUUUUAAUAACCGAAAAUGCUAUGCAUUUUAAUUCAUCUGGAACGGUUUACUUUAGACAGGCCCGUGCUAUUGAUGACCUAGCUAAGAAGGUUUUUCAUGUUCUCAAAACUGAUCCUGAGAAUUUUGAGUUUGAAUUCUCAAAGACAAGAAGAAGAAGUGCUAGAAGGCCCCAAGUCAACUCUAACCCUUCUUUUAGUAGCACAUAUGCUAAGGUUGCUACUAACGCGAGGUCCUCAAAUGAUGCAGCAUCAAGAACAGUCAAUUCUUCUAUGAGUCCUUCAUCAUAUUCCACAAGAAGAGGAAACUCUCGUUGUUCUGCUACUCGCUUUCAGACAAAAGAUCAUGACCUGGUUUUUGGUGCUAGGGAUGGAAAAACGUCCAGUUUUUCUGAAGUAGAUCGUCGGCUUUCAUAUAGAUCAUUGACUUCGGCCUCCCUUGAUGAGAGUAAUUCAAUCGGUUUCUCUAGUUAUAUCGAUUUUAAAACGCUAUUGCAUGUGAAUCAGAAGGAUAUUAGUUACAGAGAAAGUUUGAUGAAGUUUGUUAACGAUUUAGGACCAACUGCCAAAUUAGUUGCCCAACGUAAAUUAGCUGAUGCUUCAGACUGUCAGACUCCUCAUCCACAAUGCUUGUUUCAUACUCAUGAACAUCGAAACAACGAAACCUCUUCUUCGGCACAGGGAAGACCUCCUGUUCUGAAUACUGCAACAAGUUCUUUACUGUCUGAGAAUGUGCCGGAUCACCUCCAGCUACAUGGGCAUACUACUCUUGCUAGAAACUCUGAUCACAAAAUGGGUAUAUGUGAUACUGAUAAAAGAGGAAAAAGUUGCACCGGUGAAGAUAUGGAUGAUUCUGAUGUGGAAAUAAUAGAAGUUCUGCCUAGCCAAGAUAAAAGGAGCAUCCCUAGUGUAUUUGCAGGUAAAGUUUCCAACAGCAAUGGCAUGAAUGCUAUUGAUGUUCCCAGGAAGAACAGGACGCAACGGGAUCAAAACGCUGGGAAAAUGUUGAGUUUUGCUGAUUUUAGAUGUCUGAAUGGGUCGGUACCCAAGUUGCAGAAAACAGGCCAUGAAUCUACAUUCUUAAAAGGGAAAGACAAACUCGAUAAUCGACCACAAUCCUUGGAUGCAACUUCUGACAAGUCCAGGCUGAGCAAUGCGCUGGAUUACCGGGUGAACGGCAAUAUCAGUAUCUUGUCCUCUUCAUGGCCUCCACAAACUGCUGGCAUAUCUAGUUUCUGUCAAACCAACAACUUGGUGCACAAUCAAAGUAUGAAUUAUUCCAAGCAUGAUGACCAAUCCACCGCUGCAAAGAACAGAAUCCAUGGAAUUGGUUCUCCAGCUGAGGUCGGCGAGGCCUCGAAAUUGACUCAUCUCCAGCAGGCUCCUUCCCAGUUCAUUUAUGACCUGUCUUAUUUGAAGUCAAGGCUUGAUCAAAGCAGAUUCUCUCAACAAGGCUCUUCAGGUAUCAGGGAACAAUCGCUUAUUCCUCACAAUGGUGAUCAUCAACUACCCCUUUUGAAUCCUCAACAUACUGAGUUGCCUCUUAGGCUUUUGAGAUAAUUUGGAGUGAAAAAGUUGGCAGAGCAUCGAAACUUUGUAAAGAAAUUCAAGAUAAUGAAAAGUUCAUGUAAAUAGUUCUGAAGUCACACUUUAUUAAUUUACACUCUUUUAUUAAAAAAAUUUGGUA